GCGGCGCCGCCAGUACUCAACGCGCACGCACACGCACACACACACGCAUAUCAUGUUCUUUUUCUUGCUGCUCGCGCUGGUGGCGGCGGCGGGCGCCGCGCCGCGCCGCGACCGCCUACCCUACGGCCGCCAGGCCGCGCUCACCGACCUCGACGACCUCUUCACCGACGAGCUGUUCGACGCAGCCGGCUUCUGGAACCGUCUGCACCAGGAGAUGGUCGACCUGGACGCCGCCAUCGCCGAGCUCGGCCGACGUUUCCCCGUCGACUCACCCGAGGCCGGCGUCGACGGCGACAAGUACAAGGUGAAGAUCCCGCUCGCCGGCUUCGAAGAGAAGGACAUCAAGGUGAAGGCGAACGAGGGCGUGCUCAUGGUGCAGGCGGUCCACGAGGAGGGCGCGCGCCAGCGGUACUACAUGCACACCGUCACGCUGCCCGCCGGCGUCGACCCCACCGGCAGCUGGACUUUUGCCGAUGGCCUGCUCGCCGUCGAGUUCCCGCUGAAGGACCGCGCCGCCCCCGCCACGACGCCGGCGCCCGCGCACAGCCGUGAGGAGAUGGGCGGCGGCGACGACGCGACGGAGGACGCGGACGUGGGGCUGAGCCGUGGCGACCAGGCGGAUAAGCAGGUGGAGACCAACGAGAUCCCCGGCGCCGGCGUCGAGGCCACCACCUACGCCGUCGAUCUCAAGGGCGACGUCGAGUUCGUGCCCGUCCACUACAAGCAAGCGCCGAAACACUAGGCGCUCCGCGUGAUUUAGAUCGUUGUGAUUAAAAAUGGACACCAAAAAUUUACUACUACGACAUAAGACAUUAGUGGUUAUAUAUUGAAUAAUCUAUGUAUUUAUUAACUAUUGUAAUUAUUUUUUUGACUGUCAAUAAAAUCGAGUAAAAA